AUUUUAGUGUUGCUAUGACGUCAUAUCCAAGCUUGCAAAAUGGCGGAAAACAGUUUCCACGAAGCUGCAGGGACCGACAAUAUUCUACUUGUCACUGACUCAUACAAAGUGACCCAUCAUUUACAAUAUCCACCAAACACCAGCACUGUGUAUUCAUAUUUUGAGAGCAGGGGAGGAAAGUUCCCAACCACAGUAUUUUUUGGCCUGCAAUACAUUCUGAAAAGAUGGCUGACUGGGCCGGUGGUCACAAAAGAGAAAAUCAAAGAGGCCAAACAGAUUUAUGCUGCUCAUUUUGGGCAGGAUGUGUUCAAUGAAGAAGGAUGGAAUUAUAUAUUAGAGCACCACAUGGGUUACAUCCCCUUAAGAAUAAAAGCAGUACCAGAAGGCCUGGUGGUGCCCACUAGAAAUGUUUUGUUUACUGUGGAAAAUACAGACCCCAAGUGUUUCUGGCUUACAAAUUAUUUUGAGACUUUACUGGUCCAAGCCUGGUACCCCAUGACAGUGGCCACAAACUCCAGGUACCAGAAGGAAAUUAUUGCAGGCUACAUGCAGGAAACUUCUGACAACCUGGCUGGUCUCCCCUUCAAGCUACAUGACUUUGGAUUCAGAGGAUGCUCUAGUGUUGAGUCUGCUGGUAUAGGUGGCGCUGCACAUUUGGUUAACUUUCAAGGUACAGACACAAUAGCUGCUCUGUGUACAGCACAGAAAUAUUACCACUGUAAGAAUGCUGGUGUUUCAAUCCCUGCAGCAGAACAUAGCACAAUCACAACUUGGGGAGAGCAUGGAGAAAAAGAUGGCUUCAAGAACAUGCUAGAAAAAUUCCCAACUGGGCUGGUGGCUUGUGUGAGUGACAGCUACGACAUCUGGAACGCGUGUGAGAAGAUUUGGGGGGAGGAGCUAAAGGAAGCCAUUGUGUCUAGAGGGGACAAAGGCACACUGGUCGUCCGUCCUGAUUCUGGACAUCCUCCAGAAAUUGUUGUUAAAGUGCUAAAUAUAUUUGGUGAGAAAUUUGGUUACACUGAAAAUUCCAAGGGUUACAAAGUCCUGCCACCAUACAUCAGGAUCAUUCAGGGUGAUGGCAUCUCAUACGAGUCACUGGGAGAGAUCCUGGAGAACAUGAAGAGCAACAAAUGGAGCGCAGACAAUGUGGCCUUUGGUAGUGGGGGAGCUCUCCUACAGAGGCUGGACAGGGACACACAGAAGUGUGCCUUUAAGUGCAGCUAUGCUGUCAUCAAUGGGGAGGAGGUGAAUGUAUUCAAAGAUCCAAUCACUGACAGAGGUAAGAAGAGUAAAAGAGGUCGCCUGACACUGGAGAAGCAAGAUGACACAUUUGUUACAGUAGAGCAAGGGAAAGGAGAUACAGAAAAGGAUGUGAUGCAGGUUGUGUUUGAAAAUGGAAAACUUCUAAAAGAUUUCACAUUUGAGGAAGUUAGGAAAAAUGCUGAAAUUGACCUUCUUCGGAAUGAAAAAUAAUCAAUUCAAAUAGUUGAUAAUUAGACUGCUGCAAAAUUAUGCAAUCAUUCUAAAAAAAAAAAUUUGUUCUAAGAUUU